GAAAGGCAAUUACACAAUCUUGAAAUCCAAUUUCUCAUCUUCUCUCUUUAUUUCUUUCUUUAGUUUAAUUAAGCUAAUUAAGAGUCAUGGCAAUUGCUUUUGGAAGAUUUGAUGAUUCUUUCAGUUGGGCCUCUAUUAAGGCUUACAUUGCUGAGUUUAUCUCUACUUUGCUCUUUGUUUUUGCUGGAGUUGGAUCUUGCAUUGCUUUCAGCAAGUUGACAGAAGAUGCAGCCCUAAGCCCAGCAGGGUUAGUAGCAGUAGCAGUGUGCCAUGCAUUUGCCCUAUUUGUUGCAGUUGCAGUUGGUGCUAACAUCUCUGGUGGACAUGUCAACCCCGCCGUCACCUUCGGAUUGGCCCUCGGUGGUCAGAUCACCAUCCUUACCGGUAUCUUCUACUGGAUUGCCCAGUGUGCUGGUUCCGUUGCUGCUUGUUUCCUCCUUAAGGCCUCCACUGGUGGCUUGACAACUCCAAUCCACAGUGUAGCAGCAGGAGUAGGAUCAAUUGAAGCAGUAGUAAUGGAAAUUAUUAUAACAUUUGCAUUGGUAUACACUGUCUAUGCAACAGCAGUUGACCCUAAGAAGGGUUCCAUUGGUACCAUUGCACCUAUUGCUAUUGGAUUCAUUGUUGGUGCCAAUAUCCUCGCCGCCGGUCCAUUCUCUGGUGGAUCAAUGAACCCGGCUCGCUCUUUCGGUCCCGCUGUCGCCAGUGUUGACUUCCAGGACCACUGGGUCUACUGGGUUGGACCCCUUGUUGGUGGUGGUUUGGCUGGUCUUAUCUAUGGUAAUGUGUUCAUGGGUGAGGAACAUGCCCCUCUUACCAAUGAAUACUAAGUUUGAGUUUUUCUUUUAAAUAAUUUAUUUGUGUGUUUUUUUUGGAAUUAAUCCAAUUUGUUAUUGGGAUAUUAAGGGUGGAAAUUGCAAGAAUUUGUUUGCUGUAAUUGCCUUGUUUAUUCCCAUUUUUUAAAAUCUUGAUUUGGUAGUUUGUUUGGUUUGUUCUUGUAAAUCCGAUGUUCUAAUCAAUUCAAGUUUUGCAUUUUGCGGAAUAUAAAUCUUCUUUUAUUUUUUA